AGAUCAUGGCCUGAGCCGAAGCCGGUCGCUUAACCAACUGAGCCACCCAGGUGCCCCUUGGGGGGGACACAUUUCAACCCUAAACACACACCAGGUUGGUUUAUAAAGGUUUAUUACUAAUUUAGUGAGGCUUCCUAGGCAGAACAACUGGCUUCGAAGUUUAUUUUGUUCCGGGGGUGGUAAUGGGAGGAGGGCCCCCCACCCCUCCUCCAGGGCAGAGGAAGAAGUCCCUAGGCUUACUUGUCAGCUGGCCCAGGUGUGGGGCAGGAGGGCGACUGGCGGGUCUUACAAGUUGUCAGCAUAAAACAGCAAAAAUUGAGCAGAUUCUUUAUUAUCCAAAGCAAUUGAUAGUAGGCUGCUGGCUGCAUUACAGUAAGCAAAUGCACCUGUAUUUCUCUCAUAUCCUGCUUGGGAUGGUUUUCUGUGCCACCUUGCUUUAUUGUCACCACCUGGUGAAGGAGUGGGGUUUGUUGCUAGGAAUUAGCCCUGCUCACCAGGUUUGGACUGUUUAUUCUGGGCAUUGAAGACCGCUGCCCGAGAAGUGUGCAGCUCUGACGGGGUGCACUGGUCUCCGUUGUCAGAGGUGGGUCAGCGUGCAUUGAACACCCUGGUCUCCAGAAUCAGACUCUCCAGAUGUAGAAAACCUCUGCAGGUAAAUCUUCUGGGCAGUUGGAAAAAGAAGAAGGACAAGGAAAGUAUGGCGUGCCCCAUCACCUAGGAGACACGGCCAGGGAGUUGUCGGGGCCCUCAUUUUUCCUGCUGGACUCAAAGGAAGCCGUCGAAGGGUGCAGACCACAGUGUCUGCUCACUGACUUAGCAAGGAAGUACCGCUAGAUGCACUGGGCCCUCAGGGCGGCGGUCAGAGCACCCCUUGUCCCUGUGGGGAGAUGCCCCAGGUCUGGUCAGCAUGGAGGCCAGGAGCCCACGCCCACCAUGGGCCUCUGCACAGGACCUGAGCUGGCUUCCAUGUUUGGCUUUGCACUCUGGCCCGUAAUGGGGAGGUGACCCCAGCCUCACAGAAUGUCGUCCUCUGGAAGCCGGAGCUAGAAUGAGCUGUAGCAAUGGAAUCAGACUAACGGGGGGGAGGGGAUUGGUUCAUCUGUUGAGUAAUUUUCAAAAGAGCAAAGGCAUUUUCUUGGUACUCUUCCAUAUUUUAUAUUCCCCCUAUUUUGGGAAGCAGAAAAAGAUAGUGAUGAUGUUAGUAAUUUCCCACACCUGCUCUGCAGAAAGCCUCCUGGGCUGCAUGUGCCUGAGGCCGGGCCGGGUACUCAGGGUUUUUGUAAUUAUUAGUUGUAGUUUUAAGUUACCUAAAAUCUACCUGAGUCUUAAAAGUGAUGAGCCCUGGGGGAGCCAGAGGACUGAGGUUUGGGUCCAGCCGUGUUUGCUGGUGUGGGGGCGGUGGGCAGGCCUCUGUGCUGUUUCCACCUCGCCGGACGUUUUGGGUAUGGCGUUGCUGUGCUCAUGGUGCCAGAAGCAACAGACUUGUGUCGCAGGGUCCUGGAUCCUGGGUGCCCCGACUGCAGUGUGGUCAUGGUUGGUUUCUCCUGAGGCCUCUCUCCCUGGCUUGUGGACGGCCACCUUCUCGCCGUGGCCUCAUGUGGCCUUUUCUGUGAAGCUGCAGACAGAGAGCCAGCUCUCCACAAGCCCCAGGCUUAGGACCUCGUUUAACUGCAGUUGCCACCAAAACGGAAUUCUUGAUCUAAUUGUAAUGUUGCGGGGGGUGGGGGGGGGUUCUGUCCACACCAGCAAACAAUUCUGAGACACCUGCAGGGUGUCUGAAAUUGAGCUCAUCGCUGACCCUGUCUGCCUGGAGACAGCGAGCGUCUCCCACAGGUUCAGGGUCUUGUCAUGCAAGACCACCCCUCCCUCCAACCCCCACCCCCAGCCCCACUUCCACGCCGCCGGCCCGGGCCGCUGCCGUGCUUGUGACAUGGGCUACAGCUCGGGGCUCCCAUGAACACCUCCUGCCUAGGAUGCCAGCAGUGAGAAUCCAGGCUGCCUCCUAUGCUUCUGGCUGACUAGGGGUGAGUCCGGUUCCCAUGACCCUUCUUUGGGGUCAGUUAAUUGCUGCAGUGACUCACAGAACUCAGGGAAACGUGUUACUUACUAGAUUACCCAUUUGUUACAAAAGGAGUGAUUCGGGAGUAGCCAGAAGAGGAUCUGCACCAGCCAGGUGUGUGGGGAGGGGCACGGAGUCUCCCUGCCCUCUCAGAUCUCGUGCUCACCAACCUGGAGGCCCUCACAACCCCGUCCUGUUGGGGUUUUCUGGAGGCUUCAUUACACAGGCAUGAGUGAUGAACUCAUUGACCACUGGUGAUUGAUCCAACCUCCAGCCCCUCCUGUCCACGAACUUAAAGUUCCAAUCCUGUAACCACGUGGUUAGGUCCCCAGGCCACCUGCCCCCAUCCUCAGGUGCUUUCCCAAACUCACUCGUUAACAUUAUAAGAGGCACCUUUACACCUCACAAAGAAAAUCCCAAGGGUUUUUAGGAGCUGUGUGCCAGGAAUGGAGACGAACCAAAUAAAUUCUUUUAAAUCACAGUAUCACACUCUGCACAGACCUCGUCUCCAAAUGUAGUCGCAUGGGGGUGACAGCUUCAGCAAAGGACUUUGAACACAAUUGAGACUGUGAAAGCGUUGAAAGUAGAUCGAAAGGUAAAAAGUGCCAGGCGGAGCCAAGCUUCUGAUCCCCUGCCAGGCUGGGCCCUGUGUUCCGUUCACAAUACAGAUGUGCAGUUUGUGGACAGGAAUACAGGACAGAAUCCCUGUGAUAAUAUCACUUUUGUUGCCUGCUUUCUUGUGUUGGAAGGAAAGGGUUGAGGUUCAGCUCUUGUCCCAGGAGCCCGUGUGUGGGUGGGAGGAGCCCCCGACUGUAAACACCUGUCCUUUGGUCCUCCCCUCUCCCAGCCUGGACCUCAGGCGCGUGUGUGCGGCCAGGCCAUGCCUGCUUCUACUCUGGGAGCCAGUUUAUACCCGUCCUGUUGUCUAUUUUUAAGGUUACUUUUUUUCUUACUACAAAAGCAAUGAAAACUCUCAUUUUUUUAUCAGCAUCGGGGGCGGAGCUUAGCGGUCUGUGCUGUACAGUUGUGUUUCCAGGACUCUCCUCACAGCAGGCAGAGGAUGAGACGCCCAGAGACCCGGCGUGGAGUCUCCUUCCGGACUGCGGGCUAGAAGUGGAAUUACUGGUCAAAGGACGCUCAGAUUUGGGAGAAGUGGCCCCAGGAAUAAAAGCAUCUGAGAGACGGACCGCGGUGGCCAUUGCAGAUCUGGAAUGGAGAGAAAUGGAAGCAGAUGACUAUGGUACAAAUGAGGCUCAGGACAGUGACUUCCCAACAGCGGAGAGGAGCAGGCUGCAGGAGAUGCUGUCGCUGCUGGGGCUGGAGACCUACCAGGCCCAGAAGCUCAGCCUCCAGGACGCCCUGCAGAUCAGCAGCGACAGCAUGAGAAACUGGGCCCCUCAGGCCCCCAAAGACCUGCCCUGGAAUUUCCUCAGGAAGCUGCAGGCCCUCAAUGCUGAGGCCAGGAACACCACCAUGGUGCUGGAUGUGCCCCCGGACGCCAGGCCCAUGGAGAAGGAGAGCCAGAUGGAAGAGGAGAUCAUCUAUUGGGACGCGGCUGACGACAUCUCCGCGGACAUCUAUUCCUUCUCAGAGCUGCCGACGCCCGACACGCCUGUGAACCCCUUGGACCUUCUCUGUGCCCUUCUGCUCUCCUCAGAUGGUUUCCUGCAGCAGGAAAUUGUGCUGAAAAUGUCCCUGUGCCAGUUUGCACUCCCUCUCGUCUUGCCUGACUCGGAGAACCACUACCACACGUUUCUGCUGUGGGCCCUGAGGGCCGUGGUGCGGACGUGGUGGGCGCAGCCCCCGCGGGGCGUGGGCGGCCUCCGAGAGGACAGCGCGGUGCUGUCCCGGGCUCCCACCUUCGCCUUCGUGCGCAUGGAGGUCAGCAGCAACUCCAAGUCACAGCUGCUCAACGCUGUGCUCAGCCCCAGCCACCGGCCACGGGACUGCUUCUGGCAUCGCGACCUGAGUGUGGGCACCAACCCCCGGGAGAUCGCAGAUGGGCUGGUGGAAGUCUCCUGGUUCCUCCCCAGCGGCAGGGAGGACCUGGAUGUGUUCCCGGAGCCUGUGGCCUUUCUGAACCUGCGGGGCGACAUCGGGUCUCACUGGCUGCAGUUCAAGCUCUUGACCGAGAUCUCGUCCGCCGUGUUCAUCCUGACCGACAACAUCAGCAGGAAGGACUACAAGCUGCUCUACUCCCUGAGGGGCUCGGCCACCAAGUACUAUUUCAUCCUGAGCCCCUACCGUGGGAAGCGGAACACAAACCUCAGGUUCCUGAACAAGCUCAUCCCGGUGCUGAAGAUGGACCACUCACACGUGCUGGUGAAGGUCAGCAGCACCGACAGCGCAGGCUUCGUGCGCAGGGUCCGCUCCAUCGUGGCGCACGUGGCCCGGUCCCCCUGCAGGAGGUUGUCUGUGGAGGAGAUGGCGCACGCGGCCCGUAAGCUGGGGCUGAGGGUGGACGAGGACUGUGACGAGUGUCAGCGGGCAAAGCAGCGUAUGGAGCGCAUCACCAGGAGGAUCAAGGACUGUGACGCCUACCGCAGGGACGAGCUGUGGCUGCAGGGGGACCCCUGGCGGAAGGCGGCCCAGGUGGAGAAGGAGCUGUGCCAGGCCCAGAGGGCAGGGGACCCUCCUGACAAGGGCAGGGCGGAGCUGGGGCACCGGCUGCUAGAACUUCGUGCACAGCAGAACCGCCAGGACCCUGCCUGGGGGCUGCAGGAGUUCAUCGCAGGCAUCAGCAGCGCCUCACUGGCUGAGAAGCAGUACUUCCUGAGGUGGAUGGAGUGGGGACUGGCCCGCGUGGCCCAGCCAAGGCCACGGCAGCCUCCCGAGACCAUUCUUAGCCUGAGACCCAAGCACUGUGGCAUGGUGGACUUCGGGGAGCUGCUCUGGCCUGAGCCCCUGGGUGUAGAGCACUUCCUGCGGGAGAUGGGACAGUUUUACGAGGCAGAAAGCUGCCUGGUGGAGGCAGGGAAGCUGCCGGCCGGCCAGAGGCGGUUUGCCCACUUCCCGGGCCUGGCCCUGGAGCUGCUGCUGAAGGGGCUGCCCUUGGAGCUGAUUGACGGCAGCACGCUGAGUACCCCCCUGCACUGGGUCACAGGGCUCCUGAAGGAGCUGCACGUUCGCCUGGAGAGGAGGUCGCGCCUGGUGGUCCUGUCGGCACUGGGUGCACCGGGCACUGGGAAGUCCACGCUUCUCAACACCAUGUUUGGGCUGCGCUUUGCCACGGGGCGGGGGUGUGGCCCUCGAGGGGCCUUCAUGCAGCUGGUCACCGUGGCCGAGAACUUCAGCCAGGAUCUGGGCUGCGACCACAUCCUGGUGAUAGACUCCGGGGGCUUGAUAGGCGGGGCCCUGACCGCAGCCGGGGAGAGGUUCGAGCUGGAGGCCUCCCUGGCCACUCUGCUCAUGGGGCUGAGCAACGUCACUGUGGUGAGCCUGGCCGAGACGAGGGACAUACCACCAGCUGUUCUGCACGCGUUUCUGAGGUUGGAGAAAACGGGGCACGUGCCCAACUAUCAGUUUGUGUACCAGAACCUCCAGGAUGCGUGUGCCCCCGGCCCCAGGCCUCGGGACAGGAGGCCGCUCCUGGAUCCCCCUGGAGACGUGAGCAGAGCCGGCGCACAGAUGGAGAAGCAGGGCGAUGGCAUCCGGACGCUGGCCGACCUGGCCUUUUGCGACCCUGAGAAGCAGCAUGUUUGGCACAUCCCUGGCCUGUGGCAUGGGGUGCCUCCCAUGGCUGCGGUGAGCUUGGGGUACAGCGAGGCCAUUUUUGAGUUAAAGAGGUGUCUGCUGGAAAACAUCAGGAACGGCCUGUCCAACCAGAACAAAAACAUCCAGCAGCUCAUUGAGCUGGUGAGGCGGCUCUGAGUGUUAGGAGGGGGCCUGUUCUGAAGGUGGUGUGCCUGUGGGGGCUGUGCCCGGCACCUGACCCCGUGAGAAGGGAGAAGGGCAAGAGCCUGGGGGAGGGGGCUGGGGUUCCCUAAACAGUGUUGAGAGGGAGGUGACCGCACAGACCUGCUCAGAGAUGCUCUCGGGAGCCAAGGGGCCCUGGGGCAGGGCGUGCACACACAGCAGGAGUUUGUUCCGUGUGCAGCUCCUUUCCAGGCCCCUGUGCUCUGGCUCCCUUUCCUUCAUCCCUGGGGUGGGGGGUAGUACCCCUGCAGCCCAGCCGGUACGGGGUGGGGGUGAGGAGGGGGGGUUGCUGGACGCCGCCCUGAGGAAGUGGAGGCAGGCCCUUCCUCCGUGACCUGCUGGUCCCGACUGACCCCCAUGGAGAGUCCCUCCUGGCUCCCUCCACCUCCUGCAGCCGUGUCUGCCCCGCCCCAGACUGUGAGUUCCUUGGGAAUGGGGCUGUGUGUGACCCGACUCUGUACCCCCAGUGCCUGGCACAGGGCCCUGCGCACUGUAGGCGCUUAAUAAAUGUUUGUUAAAA